UUCUGCAGAGGACCCGGCAAGAGAAGAGAGUGUUUCACCUCCGCAGGCUACCCAUGCUGACAAACACACCACCCGAAACGGCUAUUCACUUCUCUGGACAUUAAACUUUGAGUUUUGUAGUCAGGAUGGAUCUUUUAGACCGCAGUUACCUGGACGCGCGGUCUCCCUAUGAUUACACCUUUAAUUUUUGGAACGACUACCUCGGCCUGUCGACACUAGUCGCCAAAAAUAAGAUCAACAGCCCGUCCUGUAGCCCCAACUCUAUAACCGAGUCUCUUAAAGCGACUCUUGGCUUGGAGGACGAUUCCCCGGUUUGCUCCUGCGUAACAGGGCACGGCAGGGACGGCGACGGACACUUGGACUGCUGCUGCAGGGCCCCGGGCUCCCCGCCUAUCUCCAUUUAUGAUCUCAAGGAGCGCAUCUCGCUUCUCAGGCCGUACGAGCAUCUGGCUGGGGAUUCGCCGCUGGGAGACAGAGAUUCACCCCCCUACAGGGGAAGCUUCACCGGCAUCGACCUACUCUCCAUGGACCGAAGGCGCAAACAGACUCAGAGGGGUAAGCCCGAGCCGAAGGUGUGCGUCUUCUGUCGGAAUAACGGCGCGCCGGAGGAGGUUUAUGGCACCCAUAUUCUGAAGACAGUCGACGGCAGGGUCUUAUGCCCCAUCCUCCGGGCAUACACCUGCCCCCUCUGCAGUGCCAACGGCGACAAUGCGCACACCAUCAAGUACUGCCCGCUUUCAAAAGAUCAGCCGAGCCAGAGAGUGGCAAAGGGAGGCAGAGCGAUUGGCAAAAGGCUCAAAAUCUUCUAAGCGAGGAAAUCAAUGAAGUUUGAGUUGCACUGUCUGAGAUUACUACAGAUGUUGCCCGAUUUCAUGCACAAGACAAGUCUGGAGAAAGAGAUUUUUAAAAAAUAAGAUUUUUAAUGAUUUUUUGUACUCACCACUGCUUCGGUUUGUAAUGUUCUCGUCUAUCUCGUAACUCUAUGCGCACAUAGUUUACACCCGGACGCUUUGCGCGCAGUAUUUUACCCCAGCACUCUAAGAACUUUCCAAAACUGAACCAAAGUACUGUACAGCUCGACCUGUAAAUGACCGCCACCAUGCUGUAAUCUGAAGUUGCUGUGUUUCCGGAGCAGACAGCCAGAUGUCAAGCCAACAUAAAUGAAUAUGCAGCAUUCCUGAUAUGAAUGUUUAGUCCCAUAGUUUGUUGGCCGACGGAAGUAAAGAGUCUUCCAGGCCAUGCAAGAUGCAAGAUCUUUAUAUGGAGCACAUUUUCCUGACAUAAAUGUUUUCUACCAAAGGAAUACACUUUAGUAUUUAGCCUAAAGGUAAUUUCUGUAUUGUUUAUAUGUUGGGUGUCUUAUAUUCUUCAUGUGAUUUUAUGUGGAUAGUAUUUUACAGAGCUCAACUGAAUGUAAAAACUGUGGGAGGCAGAUGUGAUACACAGUCUGAAAGUCUCCAAUAUUUUUCACAAAAAUACAAAUGUUCAGUUGAUUUUUUGUCACGUGGAAGUGUGUUGCAAUUCUUGUAAAUGUGUUAAAGAGGUGAACGAUUUUAACAAUGAAAGGCCUGACAUUCCAAAGUCUUAAUCUGCCAAUAGAAAUGUUUUAUGUACUUAUUUUUACCUUGUGUAUCACUGGGAAAUAUAUUCACUGUAAAUGACUUCUGAAUAAACAUGUAAUUUGCAUUUUCUUACUACUACUUUCUACUAUAUUACUAUACUACUUGGACUAUAACAGAUUUGUAUUAUUAUGGAACAAAUCAUAUAUUUCAUUAUGUUAGAUGCAGGUGAUACAUGAUAAAAUGCCAGGUUGUUCUUUUGUUGAGAUUAUUUUGUCACUCAGCACUUUCAUGCAACUGUAUUUCAUCUGAAAAUGUCUCUGCAAAAGCCACACUGACAUGCAAUGCAAACGCGCCACCUAGUGCUCACAACCUUAACUGAGAAUAUCCCCUGCAGUCUGUUGAAAUGGGACUGAGAUAUAAACACUGUUUGCUGUAAAUGACCUACUGUAAUGAACUGGGUAAAAUGGAGUCAAAACAAAACCUUUCGUGUUUAAAAAAAAGCUGAAGUGUGUUAAUAUCUUUGUUCUUACUGUG